AUGACACUUUCCUGCAGAUUCUUACGAUUAUUGGUAAACACAAAAUGUUUUGAGAAUCAAGGUGAAGAAGGAGAGAAUCAAGCAAGCAAUAUAAUAGGGAUACAAUUUAUUGAUUCAAUGGGAUAUAUGAUGGAUUCACGAUAUGAAUUCACAUCUGUGUUGAAUGAAUUCAAUAAUAAUUUCUCAGCGAUGAUAUGUUUGGACGAUGAGAGUGUCUCCACUUUUUUCACAUCAUCUAAGAUGAAAGCAUAUAAGCAGAGCGAUAGGCUUUUUCGGUUAGCAAAUCCAUUUGUUCAUUCUAUUCGCCGACUCAGCUCUACGGAUCGAUACAUGAAAGAGGAGGACAAUUGUACUGGAGCUGCAGACAUCAAGCUUGCUGACGGAUUCGAACCUUAG